AUGAUGUUCUCUGCAAAGCUCAUCACCGCCUUGACUCUAGUUUUCGUCGCUAGCAAUGCUGUCAGCAGCGAAAUAAAGCCCGAUAAAAUGCGCUCCCAAUGCUCUCAAUGGAGAGCUAAGUUCGGGAAGAUAGGGUCGGAGAACGCACCUAUGAUGGUCGCCAAAGUGUUUAAUGAUCUGGACUCUCAGAAAGAGGCUGUCUGUUUCGACAACGGUUAUAAUACCAAGAAGAAGGAGGGCGCGUGUCUCUGGACAGGACAACACCAAAAGUACGACAGUAAAAAAUUCUAUCCUGGUUGGGUCAACGGUGAACACCCUACAAACUGCAAUCAAACUCUUUAUUUAAUAAAUUCCAAAAAGAAAACUUUUUACGUCCCCGUAAUCGAUGGAUGCGCUUUUGCUGAAGAGGGUCAAACGAUUGAUGAGCACUUCGGCUGCUCAAGCACAUACGUGACCAGAAAGACAUUUGCCACGCUCGGCGGGAAAGCUGAUCAGCACGAGGUCAAGAUCGAAAGCUGGAACUUCGUUGAUCCAGGCGGCAACUGA